AUGGAUGACAACAGAAUUAUCGUGUUUGCCAUAGACUUCGGUCUAACUUACACAGGAGCCGCCUUCAUUUGCCCAUCCUCUUCCCGCCGACCGGAUGAAGUUGUCACCUUCAACAAGUGGCCGUCCCACAACGGUACGAAACAUGCCCAGAAGGCACCCAGUGCAAUCGCCUACCCUGCGCACAACCCCAAUGAAUUGUGGGCAUUGAGCACUGGACCGUGGGAAAGGGCCGGCGGAGCACUCUGGAUGCCUGAAAACAAAACACCGAUCGCGAUUGCGGCAGAUUUUUUGAGAGAGGUCUACCGAUGCAUAGCCAGGGCAUUGAAAGACCAUGUCGCCAAAGUCACUCGGGGGAAGUGCGACGGAAUUCCUGUGGAGUUAUGGUUCACCGUUCCCACAACCUGGUCUGAGGUCGCAAAAGAAAGAACGAGACAAGUUGCUCUCCAGGCAGGCUUUGACACAGGACUUGGAGGAUAUCCAGCCCAGGUACUACUUGUCGACGAGCCUCUGGCCGCCAUGACCGAUAUCAUCGCCCAGGCGUCACCCAGGACCUAUACACUCUGGGCGGGUGUCGCGGUAUUCGUGUGCGACUGUAGUGGAGGCACCACAGAUGUGGUCAGCUACCACAUAGACGAAGUUGACCCUUACUCGUACAGCGAGAUAAGUGAAAUCUGUGGUGCCACAACGGUACAGCGCGCACUGUACGAUCUCAUGAUAGAAAGGUUUGGCGAUGCGUUCCUCGAUGUCCCUCUAGCCCUAAGGGCCCUAAUGAGUCCUUUCAUGGCCGCGUUUGAGGAACGCCUUACGAAAUUCAAUGGGUUCAAUACAUCAGGGGUUCGGCUUCCGCUGCCUAUGAACUCGCAGGGGUUGAACCAGAAGUGGUUUGACUUUUUGGGAGGCGACGUCCUUCUUUCCGCAGAUGAUCUGCGUAAUUUGUUCAACCCGGCUUUGGGGACAAUUUGCAACUUGUUGAGCCGUCAGAUGGCGGCCGCAUACAAUCAUCCAGAAAGGGUACAGAUUAAUCAGAAAAUCUUCCUGGUCGGGGGUUUUUCCUUAUCCCCAUAUGUCUUCCAGACGAUAUGCAAUCGCUUCGCCGUUAACGGCGCAACAAUCGUCUACCGGCCCAAUGAUGCACAAUUGUUCACAGUACGGGGAGCCGCAAUCUGGGGAUCAGGGGUUCUCCGACCUGCUACAAAUAUUUCCCACUGCCACUUCGGCGUCGAAGCGUCAAUGACAAUGAACAAUUUCUAUUCUGCAGAUUUCCAUCUGCGCAUUUCACUGUCAGGUGGCAGGCCCGCCACGAAUGACAUCACCUGGCUCGUGUCUAAGGUACGGGGGUCCACUACCUAUGAUCCCGACGACUUCGAACACUGCCCAAUCUUCCUCGUCCACAAGGACGGAGACUUUCCCAUAAAAAGCCUCAAUGUGUACUGUUCAGUCUCCGGGUCGUCUCGACCACGAAGGUGUGCGACUGACGAUGCCAGUUAUGUGCGACUUGUCGAAUUUAGACUCGGAGUCGACACGACACCUCACCGAGAAGUCCACAACUGCCAUUUCUACCUGGUUGAAUGUAAUGUCCGCGUUACCCUUGGAGAAAACAGUGGGUUUGUCAACUUCGAAGUGUGGGCACAGAAUCAGGACUCUCUGCUAACAAGCUACACCAUUCACUCGUUCUCCUCUACUGUAAUUUUCUACACCCAUCCUACCUGCCUGUUCUCCUGUCAAGCCAUGGCUUCAAAUCCGUCAGGCUCUAGGGCCCUCGUCCUUCAUUCCCUCAUUUACAUGUUGAUUUUCGUGAUUCUCGCUCCGCUCGCAACCGCUAAUAUCUGCUCGGAUCUUGAGACCCAAGGCCUGACUAUCCAAAAGGACCACACUCCUGACUUUGACCACAUUCUCAAGGACUACUGGUCGGGCAUCUGCGCUGACCUCCGUCCGCGCUGUAUCAUCACCCCAGCCAAUGCUCACGAGAUGUCCGAAGUGGUCAAGAAGCUGCAUCACGCCGACGAUCUGUUCGCGGUUAAGUCGGGCGGCCACAUGGCGAGUCCCGGCUUUGCGAGCGUCAGGGAUGGUCUCCUGGUUUCCACCAAGAAGCUGAAUCAAGUCGUUUACAACCCAAAUGACAAGACGGCUGUCGUGGGCCCUGGGCUUACGUGGGAAGAUGCUCAAAAAGCGCUUCGCGGUACCGGCAGAGCACUUGUCGGUGGGAGACUUGGAGGCGUCGGAGUUGGGGGCCUCAUGCUGGGUGGUGGGUGGAGCUUCUUGAGUACCCAGUAUGGUUGGGCAGCCAAUAACGUGGUUAACUACGAGGUGGUUCUUGCCAACGGAACGAUCGUGAAUGCCAAUAAGAAGGAGAAUGCUGAUCUCUUCGGUGUUCUCGGCGGCGGCGGCAACAAUUUCGGCAUCAUCACUUCCUACAAGCUGCAAACCCAGCCGCUGGAUCACAAGGUCUGGGGCGGGGAAUUCAUUUACAUGAAUAACACCCAUGCCGAUCACAUCAUGCAAGCCAUCCGCGAUUUCGCCGAGUAUUAUCCUGACCCGAAGGCCGGUAUCAUCGCUACGACCCAGUACACGCCUACCCUCCAGUCAUGGAUCAUCUUUACGUUCUACGAUGGGCCCCAGCCGCCUAAGGGUGUCUUUGACAAUUUCACCGCCCUCCAUCCCAAAGAGGUCACUAAGGCGUGGGAUUCAUAUGACGAGCUGCUGAAAGCCAACGACAUUCAUAUCCUCAAGGACCGACGAUACACCACAUUCUCUGAGACGCUGCCGGUUCCUAACGCCGCUUGCGGCCCCAAAGUCAUGAAAAAGCUUCAAUCCCACUGGUUCAAUACCACUGCGACAAUUCUGAACGUGCCGGACAUGAUCGGGGCGCUGUCAAUCCAGCCGCUGCCUCGCAAGAUGUCCCAAAUAGCCAAAGAGAAAGGAGGAGAUCUUUAUCACUUCCCCACGGACCAGGACUACUUUGUCAUCAAUGUCGACUACUCGUACUUUAACUCCAGUUUCGACGAGAAGAUCUGGACCGCGAAUCAAAAGAUCAUUGAUGGAUAUGAGGACCUCAUUGACGAUCUCAUCGAUGAAGAAGUGCUUCCGGACGUGCCUCGUCCUUUGUUCCUGAAUGAAAUCGACGGGCAGCAGGAUUACUGGGGACGGUUGGAUCCUAAAACGACCGAGUGGGCCCGCAAGGUCAGAGAGAAGUAUGAUCCUGAGAUGUUUUUCCAGACGCGCACGAGCGGCGGGUUUAAACUGGGAUAG